AACACUUGUGAAACAUUAUUUUUUUGUGUAUUUAUGAAAGAGAAAACAGAACAAUUUAAAGCAUAUUCUUAGCUCCUUAUAAUUAUAGAGCAUUUCAAGUUAACAAAAUGCCUGUCAUUGCGCAAAAUUUUCUGACACGCUUUCUUAGUCCACGACAUUUGACCAGUUCGUCUCGUAGAAGUACGCCCAACCUCCGGGCGCUGGAUGACUCUCAGGACUUUGUUCGAAGGGAAGCUUCUCCUACCCUAAUCCCGCCGAUCAUUUUCUUGCCAGACGACGCGGACACUCCAGCGUCCGACCACCUUGAUAUGUGUCCUCCUUUGCUGGACAAAAGUUAUCAACAAGGCAUUAAAAGGUCUCAAUCCAUGCGGAACCCUCGACGGCCUGAAUCAGCUGGUUAUCUUCGGGAAAGAAUUGCUAGCAUAUCUGAUGAUAGUAGCGUGCUUCCUCACAAAUCUUUCCCUUUUCGGUCAUCUUCUAACCAUUCACUACCAUUACCAAGUGACGAAGCCAAGUUCCUUCAUUUACCGUUUUCAAGAGACGAAGCCGAGAUGCAGCGGCUCCGCAACUUUUCGGUGACCUCGAAAGGAGUAGUCAAUCGGGGUGAUUCCUUUCGUUCCAAAUCUCGCAGCACACACAGUGUUUCUUCUACAGGUUCACGGCAUUCCCUCUCUACAACUCCUCCUAGAACCCCCAGUUUUGAGUUAUUUCUCCAGGAGGCUCCAGAAGUCCCUCCUGUGGUCGUAACAGAUACAGAGGUUCACAGAGUGCUGGUUGUGGGAGCACCAGAAGUUGGAAAGUCGUCUUUGACCACCCAAUUCACAACUUCGGAAUACAUCUGUGCCUACGACAAUUCUCACGAUGGCGAGAACGAGAAAUCGGUGACUGUUAUUUUGAAUGAAGAAGAAUCGGAGUUAGUUUUUGUGGAAUGUGACGCCCAAACCUUCUUGGACCAGGAAAAAGAUGCUCCAGGCUCCACUUCGAAUUACGAUGCCUAUAUAGUAGUAUAUUCCGUCACGGAUAAAAGAAGCUUCCGGGAGAGCCGAGAAAUUCUUAAUCAUCUUAUGACAAAGGAAGGUGCCAGCAGCAACAAAGCUGCGAUUCUGGUUGGAAACAAAACUGAUUUGGCUAGGCUACGGAACGUUUCAACAAAAGAGGGCCGAGCUUUAGCAAACGAUCAUACUUGGAAGUUUAUUGAGACAUCAACUGGAAUAAAUCACCAUGUUGACGAACUCCUGGUAGGAAUCUUAAGCCAGAUACGACUGAAAUGCCAACAUCGGGAGAGACUAAAGAAACAACGAGAAUCAGAUACCUUAAUGGUCCCAGGAUUUUUCUCAUUCUGUUCCACGUCUAAAACGAAAGUUUUUGUGAAGAGAAUUUUGGAGAAGGCUGUCCUAAAGUCCAGAUCUUGCGAUAAUCUUCACGUUUUGUGAUAAACAUUUAAAUAAAAAAAGCAAGGAAAUGUAAAAUAUUUUGAGACUUAAAGUGUUUGGGAGUGGAAAAUAUCAACAAGAACCUGUCUAUUACAAACCUAAUGCCCAAGAGACUCAGGAUAUGUUUCCUUUAGCUGUGUGAGAAUAAUAAUUUUACUGAUUGUUGAUAGUUUUCAAAAUGUGCAAUCACAUUCUUUAAAGACCUUAAAAUCGCCUUCCACUUUACACAUGUAUUAUUGCCUUCUUGGGUUACUUGAGAAAUUGGCUUGGGUCUUGUUCUGAAUGUAUAUGUAAUGUAUCUUAACCAGUUUUGUCUAUUAUAUAUAUAUAACACUUUGUAAUUUUGAUCUAGCAUUUCAGUUUUUAGUUUGUUGGAUUUCGCACAAAGCUCUCGAGCCUUAUCUGCGCAAGUCAUCCCUAAUUCAGAAGUGAUAGGCAUAGAUUAGAAGGAAGGCAGCUGGUCAACACUACCCACCGCCAACUCUUUGGCUAUCCUUUCUUUACCAACGAAAAGUGUAAUUGACCGUCAUAUUACAACUCCCCUGCCGCUGAAAAGGCGAGCAUGUUUGAUGAUGGGAUUCGAAGCUACGAGUCGACUGCCCUAACCACAAUGCCAGACGUAGCAUUUGAGAGACGUUAUUAUUGAGCUACUACUGAGUACGAAGUUAGCAAGUUUAAACCUAAAAAGCCAACAGAAAGAGAAUUAACCAACUCAUUUCAUAUCUGCCAGUGCCAUGUUAAUUGUAUGUUUUAAACAUAUGAUAAUUCCUCUGUAUAUAAACAUUGUAAAUAAAGAAUUACCAAGUAUAUAAUAAAAUGAUGAGAAUAAAAUUAUGACU